AUGUGGCGAGACCGCACGAACCUCUACAUUUCCUAUCGGCAGUCGUACGCGCACCAUCCGACGAAGCGGACAAAGUACAGCGGCGCCGCCGGUGGGAACAGCUUCGGCGAUGCCUUCCCGGGAAACAGCAGCUAUGCCAGCGGCAACGACGAUACGCGCGGCCUUCUAUCGGUUGGCGCCUUCGAAGACGACGGCGAUGCGGUCAUAGAGAUGGACCUCUUGCCCCCACGAUGGGUCGACAUAUCCGACAAGAUCACUGAGCUGCUUGCCGACAUAGCCACCAAGAGCCAAGCCCUUGAGCGCUUGCAUCAGAAGCAUGUGCUUCCCGGCUUCAACGAUGAGGACACGAAGAAGGCCGAGGAGCGUGAGAUCGAGACCCUUACCCAGCAGAUUACUAAAGGCUUCCACGACUGUCACCGCUGCAUCCAGCGGGUCGAGCAGAUGGUUAGAGAAUCCCAGCACGCAGGGACGAUAACUAGUGCAGAGGAGACCAUGGCCAAGAACAUACAGAUAUCCCUGGCCUCGAGGGUACAAGACUCCAAGCUGCGUGGGAUGAGCGGCCUCGGCGGCGGCAGUGGGGUUGGACCAGGUGAUAAGGGGUCAACGCCGCAAUCCUCGAGUUCCUACAUGGACCCCUCGAUGCUUGAGUCCGACGCCGACAGAUCUUUCUCGCAGUCGACGCUUCAGGCGACACAGCAGAAGCUCCUGCAGUCCAACGACGCGGCCAUUAUCCAGCGCGAGCGAGAGAUCGAGGAUAUCGCGCAGGGUAUUAUUGAGCUUGCCGACAUAUUCCGCGACCUGCAAACCAUGGUCAUCGACCAGGGCACCAUGUUGGAUAGGAUAGACUAUAACGUUGAGCGCAUGGCCACUGACGUUAAGGGCGCCGAGAAGGAGCUCGUUGUCGCCGCGGGCUACCAGAAAAAGACGACCAAGCGGAAGAUUAUCCUCCUCCUGCUUAUCAUCAUCGCGGGAAUGAUCAUUCUGCUGGUGAUCAAGCCCAAGCACGGCGGCGACGAGUAA